AUGGGUGAAUAUUCGAAUGCGCUUUCGUAUUGCAAAAAGUCCCUUGAAAUUCAACAACAAUCGCUUCCUCCAAAUCAUCCUCAUUUGGCUGGUUCCUAUAAUAACAUCGCUGUGGCGUAUGAGAAUAUGAGCGAAUACUCGCAAGCACGUUCAUAUUAUAAACGUGCUGUAAAUAUUACACAACGUUCAUUACCACCAAAUCAUCAUGAUCUCCCAAGGUACAAAAACAACCUGGACUCAGUAAAAUAA